AUGAUAUCGCCGGAGCUUUUUAACCUUCAACAUUCUUUUGUCUUGCGGUCAAUUCUCUUCAUUAUUUCCACAAUCUUGUGCGUCGUAGGAGCGCAUAGAUAUCUCUUGCGAUACGUGACGUCACGCCGUGAGCCGCGAGAAAGUCUUGACAGGAUCACCGUCUUUGCCGAUUACGAAGAAGUACAUCUGGACGUAGUAGCUGUACAUGGCCUGGGCGCACAUCCCUAUUAUAGCUGGAAGGCCAAUGGCCCCCCGUCUGACUCUGCUGGUACGCCAGAAGGAGAUGAAGCGCACAUUAAUUGGCUUGAGCACGAUGACUUCCUGAAGAAAGAUUUCAAGAACGUCAGGAUCCUCUCCUAUAGCUACAAUGCCGAUUGGUUCGUGGACGCCUCGCUGUCAACAGCGUCGCAGAAGGCUCUUACAUUUCUAGAGACACUCUCAGAGUUCAGGGAGAAGACGAAGAAAACGCCCCCUAUUCUCUUCAUCGGCCACAGCUUUGGCGGGAUCCUGGUCAAAUACGCUAUCCACUCCUCACAUUCGGACUCGCGCUUCAGAGAUAUUAGUCGCGAUACUGCAGGGAUCAUCUUCUUAGGAACACCUCAUCAGGGCUCUACCGUUUCUUGGAUUGGUGAAAUUCUUGCUCGACUAACCAUUCUCUCUGGGUCCGAUGUUACAUUGCUAAAGCUCUUGAGCCAUGGCAGCCCAGCACUCCUGGACUUAAAGAGGGAUUUUUCCGCUGCUGUAACAUCCAUCCUUAACCAGAAACCACUGCUGGUGUAUUCGUUCUAUGAAACGCUGCCCACAUUUCGCUGCGGCGUAUCACUUGGUGUAAUUGUAGGGCCUCAAUCAGCUACUCUCGAUAUUGGGAAGCACAUACCAGUAAAUACAGACCACUCCGGCCUGAAUAAAUGCAAGACGAGAAAGGACGAUCUUUACGUAAAGAUAUGUUCGGCUAUACAAAAUGUUCAAUUGAUCCUACAGAAACAGUCCGAGCCAAUUGCUAAAUGGAUAAUGGGAUCUGAUGACCCUACGCAUAUUUUCAAACACCGAGUAGAUCACGAGCGAGCGAGAGAUAAACUCCGCGCCUAUGAUAAUAUAGGAAAGUGGCUCAUUGAAUCGCCCGAGUUUACGGCCUGGAGCGAUAUCCAAGAAUGUACUCGGUCAACAUUCUGGCUGCGUGGUGGAGUGGGCACAGGCAAAACAUCAGUGAGCUCCGAGGUUAUCGAGUGGUUCUACAAAGAUAAUCGUCGCAUACAAAAACCACGAAAGGUUGUUUAUGUCUAUUGUUCUGUAGACCAUGACUUCAACUUUAUGAUUCGCUCACUUAUUCUUCAGCUUGCAUUUUCGGCAAAUGGCGUCUCAGUUCAGCGAUUGAUAACAGAAAGAUAUAACUCUAGAGGCCGAGCCCAGCAACUAAUUCUUGACAAGGACGAUUCCGAGUUAAUAUUGGAACUUUGUCGCGCUCAUUUGGAAAUUGUCAUUGUUAUUGAUGCGCUAGACGAGUGUCCUGCGUCUCGUCGUGUACUUGAUACCUUGAGAAAUGUACAGGAAGGUUCCUCGAAUAAGAUAAAGCUUUUCCUGUCGAGCCGUCUUCAUAUGGAACUCGACGACAUGUUUACGAAUCUUCAACGUAUGACAAUCGAGAAAAAUACAACUCGCAUGGACUUGGAACAUUAUAUCAAUAAAGAAAUUGACUCACGGCAUAAUACUCCUCCUGGCUGGAUUCGUAUGGGUUUCAAGGAUAGGUUCAAACGCGCAUUAACUCGGUACGCACAGGGAGUGUUCCGUUGGGUCGAAUUACAAGUUGAGAUAUUCUUCGACGAAAGUUUUCCAUUUGAAUUAGAAGAAGACGUAGAGAGCGAGCUACGAAAUCUAGAAAAGGGGCAGUCCAUAACCGGGCAUUCCAAAGACCAAAUGUCAAAAUUAAAUGAAGCAUACGAUCGCAUAUUAAAAAAGCGCCGUCAAAAUGCCCGCAACAUUAUAACAUAUGCUCUCAAAUGGGUUUUAUGUUCUCUACUACCUUUAACAUCAAAAGAACUGGUCGAGGCGAUAAUACUUUCCCACGAGCGCAUGCCGUCGAGAGGAUCCUACGAACGGCACGAAACUAUCGACUCAAACAAGAUCACCCAACUAUGCAGUAACCUGGUAUUAUUUGCAGACUAUAGUGGAUUUGUAAGGUUUUCUCAUAACUCCGUCAAAGAGUAUCUUAUGAAUUCCGAGUACUGCAAUGACGAAUUUGGUUACCAAACAUGUCAUGGUUUCAUCGCAGAGAUUUGCCUAUGGUAUAUAUAUCGCCGAGGAGUACUUUCUGAGUUGAUAGGGCCCUACAUUCAUAUAGCCGCCCUCUCCCAUAGCUCUCGUGCCGGGUCCGACAACCGUAAACGCCAAGCACUUCGUGACUUACUUUUCUGCUUUUGCGAACAGCCUUUGAAGGCUCUUGACAGGAGGAAUAUAGGGAAGUACUAUCUUUCCCUAUACGAAGCGCAGGAUAGGCUUGCUACUUCUUCUAAGCAUUCAGCUCAUGCUUUUAUUGCUGCCUGCGUUUUCAACCUUGACGAUAUUCUCGAGCUUGCCUUGACGCGAGAGGCUACUGACUUUACCGCACGACAAGCCCUGAGACGAAAGGGUCUUAAUGCUGCAUGUAUAUACGACUCCUACGAAGUGGUAAUGGAGCUGCUCAACGGGAGGGAACCAGUUGAAGUAACUGCCAGGCUGGUUAGAGCGGCCAUCACUUAUAGUAGUGGACGGGUUAUAACACUCAUCCUACGAAAUUACAAUAAUGCGGACAUUACGCCGGACAUGACGACGUGCGCCACGAAAAACAAGCGGUUCGGAGUUGAAGUCCUCAAAGCCUUGAAUAAUCACUACGGUAGACUCCCAGCAGAUCUAGAGACGUAUAGGUCAGCGAUGGGAUGUUCCAGCGAGAUGUUAAAGUAUUUACUUGCCAGAGUAGACCACCCACCCGGGAUUGAGGACAUCGUCACCCUCGCUUCAAGCGGCCGUGAAGAGUCUAUGUCAACAAUCUUACACUACAAAGAGGAUAUUCCCAUAACUCAGAAUGUACUGCUUGGCGCAGCUCGGAACUCGGUCGAUGGACACCAAAUAAUGAAGACUUUGGUGGAACACACUAAAGCGAACAUUGUUCUCUCUGAAGAGAUCCUCUGUGCUGUUGCGUCAAACAAGGACAAGGGUCCGAUGAUUUUUGAGUACCUCUUUCGGGCUUUAGGGGACAGCGUGAACAUUACAGAGGCGGUACUGGUCAGCGCAGCAAAAAGCGGUUGGCUAUUAGAAGACCUCAUUAGCAUUCUCAAGCACCGACCCGGUAUCACCAUCCCUGAAGCUAUCAUUUCGGGUGCCGUCAGCGACGAGUUUCACGGCGACAGACUUAUCGAGGCACUGUUCAAUCACGACCCCAGCAUUGUCGUAAGUGAAGACAAUCUGGUAGCUGCAGCACAAAACAAUGGCCGCGGAACCAAGAUACUCAACUUUCUCAUACAGCAUAUAGACCGGAUUCGAAUCACACCGCGAGUUGUGGCGGCAGCAGCAGCUAAUAAAUCUCUCGGAAAUGAACUUAUACCACUACUUUUAGCCGGGAUUCCCGAUUUACAUAUUGAUGACACAGUUCUGGAAGCAGCAGCUGGAAACUCGGAGUUUGGAGAUGAACUCAUCGAAACAUUGCUAUACCACGGUGGCGAUAUAAUACCAGUCGGAGAUCAUGUCAUGGAAGCUGUGGCUAGGAAUAAGAAAAAGGGCGUAAGAGUUUUCGCACUACUUUUGGAACACGAUCCGAGCAUCAAAAUAUCCGAGUCUAUGCUUAAAGCAGCCAUUGCUAAUGGCAAUUCAAAACUCUUGAAAGUAUGGCUAGACCGCAGCGACGUCAACUCGAAGAUCUCGGAAGCAGUGGUGAAAGAAGCUAUCCACGACUUCUCGACAUUAUUAGUCUUAUUAGGGUCAAGAAGAAAGGUCACUAUCACCCCAGAAGUCCUCAAGCUAGUAGCCAUGAAUCUCCAUGUUACGGAGAUAUUCCCAAUGUUGCUAGAUUACGACAAAAGAUGUCCGGUCACAGAAGCUGUCCUCGUGGCCGCAAUUGGUAACCCGAAUCUGUUCGGCCGGCAUAUAGGCCCAAGCGCUUUUGCUUCCAAGUUUAACAAACUGCUAGAUAGAGCUCGCAUUAGCAUCACAGCGGACAUGUUAAAGCUAGCAGCGAAAACCGACUGGCGACGUAGGCACAUCACCAAAAUCCUACUAGAGUAUCAAGACGACCUCGACAUCGGGGACGUUCUCAAAAUCGCAGCCCGGAACGAUUCGUAUACGCAGGAGAUGUUCGAGUUCUUGCUCGAGUGGGACGAGGACUGCCAAAUCACGGAAGACGUUGUUAUCGCUGCUGCUCGAUCUUCAGGGGGGAGCAUGAGGGCUCUUCUCGAGUGUGGACGACACGUCCCUAUCACCGAAGCGGUGCUGAAAACGGCGGCGAGCCGCAAGGGACGGGAUGCGACUUCUAAAAUGGCGCUGAUUUUAAACGGACAGUAUGAUGUUGAGAUUACGGAAGAGGUGAUGCAGGCAGCAAGGGGCAGCAGCACUGACGAUGAGGAGGACAGUAAUAAUGAGAUGGUUACAAUGCUAAAGGCUUAUCUUCUGUUAUAAAAGUUAGCUACCUAGCUAGUAUUAAACUAUUCUUCAGCUGUGUUGAUCAUUCCCUAGCAUGUGUCAAGGGAAGUGAGCUUAGUAGAUGCUAAAUCGGCUUGGCAAUAAAUGAAUAAAGAAGAUCAGCAAUACAUGACUUGACAUUGCCUCUUCGACGUAUAACCGCAUCUUAUAACAGGUAGCCUGUCUAUUAUCUUGUUAUCUAAAUAUUACUCAAUGACCUCAUGACGAUCUGACUCCUUUUCUGUUGAUCUCGCAAUAGCCCUAAGACGUUUGGGUCUGGGCGAGCUUUUUUACUGCUCCCGACUUGUUGGCCUAUGGCCUAUCGUUACAAGGUCUAAAACUCUUGGGUACGCCACGGCCCAGGGGGCUAGGUUAGGAUUUUCCAAUUCGACAGGAGUACCACAUAGAUUCCUGUAGGCAGUGGCUGAAUCCACCGCCAAGAGAUGGCGGGCGUGCUUACACCAAUGGGCGCAGCAGCUCAUCAUGAUUUCACCUGGAUCGGCUAUGCAGCAAAGCAAGGGCUAAAUGAAACCUCCAGUCUUGGAUCUGUUGGUUGCUCGUUAUGAUUUCUGGUUGGGUGAACUGCAAGGCUCACUCCCGCCACGAUGGGAUCGAUAUAAUUCGCAGGUAACCAACCGGCCGCCCAC